AUGUCGUCUGACGUUGCCGCGACGCAGCCAGCUGCGACUGCAAACCCUCCAGCUGAGACGCCAGCUCCUGUGACGUCGGAGGCCACUUCUAGUGUGCCUGCCUCGACGACGGAGUCGAAACAGCCAGAGAAUAAGAAGGAGAAGGAAGAAAAGGAAAAGCCCAAGGCUGCAGCAUCACCAGCGCCGACGCCGGCAACAACAACGUCGUCGUCGUCGAUGAACCAGGGAUCUGUGAACACGUCUUUGUACGUCGGUGAGCUUGAGCCGAAUGUGAACGAAGCGAUUCUUUUCGAGAUUUUCAACAUGGUAGGUGCUGUCAGCAGCAUUCGUGUGUGUCGCGACACGGUUACGCGCCGCUCACUUGGAUACGCGUACGUAAACUUCCUCAACGCCGAAGACAGUGAGCGCGCGCUGGAACAGCUGAAUUACACACCGAUUCGUGGGCGUCCAUGCCGUAUCAUGUGGUCGCAGCGUGACCCAGGCCAGCGUCGUGCAGGCCAGGGCAAUAUCUUUAUCAAAAACCUGGAUGAGGCUAUUGACAACAAGGCGCUGCACGAUACGUUUGCAGCGUUCGGAAAGAUCUUAUCGUGCAAGGUGGCUUCGAACGAGCACGGUAGCCUUGGAUAUGGAUUUGUGCACUACGAGUCAAAUGAUGCGGCUGAAGCUGCGAUCAAGCAUGUGAACGGCAUGCUUCUGAACGACAAGAAGGUGUACGUGGGCCACCACAUCUCGAAGAAGGACCGCCAGGCCAAGAUCGAGGAGGCACGUGCUCACUACACGAACGUGUAUGUGAAGAACCUUGACCCGGCCGUGACGCAGGAAGAGUUUGAGAAGCUCUUUGAAAAGUACGGCAAAAUCACGUCGGCGGCCAUUGCGACGGACCAGGAGGGCAAGAGCCGUGGCUUCGGCUUUGUCAACUUCAGCGAGCACGAACAGGCUGCCAAGGCUGUGGAGGAGCUCAAUGACACAGAGUUCCACGGCCAGAAGCUGUUCCUUGGACGCGCACAGAAAAAGUCGGAGCGUGAGGAGGAACUUCGCCGUGCAUACGAGGCUGCCAAAAACGAAAAGUUGUCCAAGUACCAGGGCGUCAACCUGUACAUCAAAAACCUGCCUGAGGACUUUGAUGAUGAGCGCCUUCAGGAGGAGUUUGCGCCCUUUGGUACGACGACAUCCGCCAAGGUCAUGCGCACACCUACAGGUGCGUCGCGGGGCUUUGGAUUUGUGUGCUAUUCAGCCCCUGAGGAGGCCAACAAGGCCGUGGCAGAGAUGAACGGCAAGAUGAUCGAAAACCGCCCGCUGUAUGUGGCAUUGGCUCAGCGCAAGGAUGUGCGGCACCAGCAGCUUGCCGCACAGAUGAUGCAGCACAACCAGCUUCGUCUGCAGCAGCAGCAGGCCGCUGCAGCUGCAGCUGCACAGAUGUACCCGGGUGCCCCUGGCAUGUACUAUCCGCAGCCACCGGCGGCUGCUGGCAUGGGUCAGUUCCCUGGGCAAGUUCGCCCGCAAUAUGCGCCAGGUAUCAUGCAGGGUAUGCCACCCAUGGCUGGCCAGCCUGCCGGUCCUUACCCACCAGGUCAGUUCCCGCCAGCCGGCGGCAUGUUCCCGCAGGGAUACCGCCCACCCCGCCCACCGCGUGGGGCGGCCGCUCCUCCGGCUGGCGCCCCAGCGGGCGUGCCGGCAGGCGCUGGUGCCCCGCGCACGGCUGCUGUGCCAGCGCAACCAGUGCAGCCAGCACAGCCUGAAGUGCUAACGGCUGCUGCGCUUGCGAAUGCGUCGCCCGAGGAGCAAAAGCAAAUGUUGGGCGAGGCUAUUUACCCGAAGAUUGCCUCAACGCAGCCGCAGCUCGCGGGCAAGUUGACUGGUAUGAUCCUGGAGCUGCCCGUUGGAGAGCUUCUACACCUCGUGGAAGACGACGAGGCUCUCGCCAGCAAGGUCGAUGAGGCCCUGACUGUGCUGCGUGAGUACGAAAGUAGGGAGGGUGCAGAAGUCAAGGCCUAG